AUGGACCAGCAACAACCCCAGGGCAGCGACAAUUUCGCAACAACCCUCCGCCAUGUCGCCCAGAAACUCCUCUUCCGCGGUGGCUGGAAAGCCCGAUUCUCCGUCGUCGUGCUUCUGCUCGUGGCCUUCGCCUUCCUUGCCCACCACCCGCACUUUUACUCCGACGGCUUCUAUGUUCCAUCGGCGGCUCCCAACCGCCACACUAGCGACAGCCAUGCCUUAUCGCCACAGCCGACAUCACCAUCACCUAGUGGGUGGUGGAUGGAAUUUUUUACCCGGCUCGACACCACUCGCGUCACGGCCCGACCGAUCACGAUCAAAGACUGGGACCCCUCCAUAAACUGGAAGCCCGGUGGCGAUGCUGUUCGACCGGACCUGAUCAAGCUCCGCGAGGACGACGAGGCCAAGUUCCGCUUGUCGCACGCGGCACUCGUCGGCCAGCUCGCGACCUUCGCGAACCACCUUCCCUACGACGCGAAUACCACGGGCAUCGUCACAACGGCGGGUGUGCCUAAUUUCGGGCAGGCGAUAUCGCUGGUGCUAACCGCUCGACGGGCCGGGUCUCGCUUACCGAUCCAGAUCGUGCUAGACUCGACAUCGGCGUGGGUAGACUGGAUGUGUGCCGAGACGAUGCCGCGGUACAAUGCUGCUUGCGUGUCCUUAGAAGAGGCAUGGGCUGGGCUCGGCCCGCUGGUGCCCGAGCUGGAGCGUUUCCAGUGGAAGGUCAUCUCGAUCGUUGCUUCGACUUUCCAAAACGUUCUCUUCCUCGAUACCGACUGCCUCCCCGUGAGGAACCCAGACCCGAUCUUCGACCCGGGCUCCGAGCCCUUCUCCUCAACCGGCUUCAUCAGCUGGCCCGACUUCUGGACGUCGACCGCCUCAGUAUCAUUCUACCGCAUCGCCGGGGACCUCGAGGUCCCACCCGUCCCGUCGCGGCCAACAUCGGAGAGCGGGGUGAUGGUGUUCGAUAAAGCACGACACGCGGAUACCCUCCUCCUGGCAGCCUACUACAACCAUAACGGGCCGAAACAUUACUACCCGCUGCUCAGCCAGCACGCGGCUGGCGAGGGCGACAAGGAAACAUUUUUGCACGCCGCGCUCGUGCUUGACGCGCUAAGACAGCGUGGACAGUACCAGCAGCCGACAGAGUGGAUGAAACCUGGGAUCGGGCUGAAGAAGGGGUAUUAUGAUGUCAAGAAACUGCCUUCUGUCCACGGACGGUCCGCCAAGGGCAAGUGGACGGGCAUGUUUCUCCAGCAGACCGAUCCGGUGGCGGACUACCGCGCCGUCAUGGCUGUCGUUGAAGCAGAAGCAGCCAAGAAUGGCGAGCCAAGGAGGACACGACAACAACAAACCAGAGAAGAACGAAAACACAAAGGACGAAAAGAGUCAAGAAAAGUAGAGGAAGAAGAUUUUCUCACCGACCCAUCCGCCCUGGCCACGGUCGCUCCCCAUCUGCCCGAGCACUACAACAGCGGUACCAUGUUUUUUCACCACAGCGGCGUCAAGCCCGACUUCACGCGCGUGGUCGACGAGACAUGGGGCCUCCUCGAGACCGACUCGGAAGGCCGGUACGUGCGCCUGUGGGGUAGCCCCGACUGGAUCGUCGACGCCUUUGACCGCGACGUCGAGAGGUUGUUGUGGGAGGAUUCCGUGCAGGUGUAUUGUCAGGAAGGGGCGCUGACGCGGUUCGAGCGGUUGCGGAUGGUGUGUGACCAGUUGCGCGUGGUUUAUGACCAGAUUUAUGGAUAG